AUGGCCUGUUUGAGGCUGGUCCAAGAAGGUGUAGAGUCGCCCGUUGAAACGGCAAAAGCCAAGUUCCGUUCCAUGGAAGACCUCUUUGUCGCCUCUUCUUUCUUGUGUCCGUCGUGGUCACCAGCGGCGUGCCCCUCCCCCCUCUCCCCCGGUAAUUCCGGGCCCCUCAACGAACGCCCGCCAACGACCGGCGACGGGGAUCGGAUCAUGAUGCGGAUUGCUCGCGCGGCGGCGCUAAUGGCGCUCGCGCACAACGUGGUGUACGAGGCGGCGGCGGCAUCGGAUGACAUCUCGACGACGUCGCCACAGACGGACACGCCCGACUGGCUCGCAAACGAAAGCCUCGCGCUAACCCUCGUCAACUCGGCCACGCCGGGGCUGCAAUACCCGGUGCUGCCGCUCACCAGCAACAUGGGCCUGAACGGAUCGGUCAAUACUGGUCGGACCAUGAACAUCCAGGGCGACAUUACACUCGCCGACCAGAACAACUACUACAAACUGUCCGGACUUGGCCACAUUGCGUAUCUGUGCUGUGAUGACGCCGAUAAACAGGACAAUUUCAACAUAAGCCCCAACAAGAUGCUCAACCAGCUCAUGGGCUCCAACCUCUCGGCCAUCAUCCUGUAUUCGGCCAAUACAAACUGGUGCUCCUUUGAUAGAAACAAUGGCCCGUCGUACUCGAGCAUCGUCACCAUGGCUGACAAGGGCGAUGCCGCUGACGUCUUGGCACACAUCACUGGCAAGUCGAGCAACCAGACGCUGCUCGUCUCCAUCAAGGGCAACACAACCGCGCCCGACACGGCCGGCGACAACCGCGGCCACUCGACCGUCGCCAUGAGCGUCCUCUACAGCAUCACGGGCCUGAUUACGCUGCUGUUCCUCGCCAUCAUCAUCACUGGCACCGUGCGCGCGCACCGCCAUCCGGAGCGCUACGGUCCCCACAGCGGUUUCGGUCGCCGACCCCGGCAGAGCCGCGCCAAGGGUAUUGCACGGGCCGUGCUGGAAACCCUACCCAUUGUCAAGUUUGGCAACGACGAGCACACCAAACCCGACCCGGAACUGGAGCUGGAACCGACGGUGACUGCAAAUACCGACCACGCAGCAACGGCCGUUGUUGCUGCGGGCGGGCUAGGAGGCGUAGCGGAUAAUACAGACAAUACGGACAAUACGGGCAAUACGAACAAGAAGGAGACGCUACCAAAGGAGCAAGAAGAAACGCGCAAAGACGCACCAGAAACGGAUGCGGAUGCUGCGAAUACUGGCCAGAUAGCCCCGGCAGAAAGUGCCAUGGCCGAAUCUGCUAAUGCUCAGGCCAGCUCUGAGCAGGGAGACGAGCAUCUUGGCUGCUCUAUUUGCACUGAAGACUUCCACGUCGGCGAGGAUGUCCGAGUCUUACCCUGUCACCACCAAUUCCAUCCAGGCUGCGUUGACCCGUGGCUGGUCAAUCCGGGCCGCCACGACGCGGCAGCGCCCGAACUGCCACCGCCUCUGGCGCUCGAGGCCGAGGACAGUGAGUCGACGGUGUCGUCGCGCCAUAGGACGUCUCGCCUAUUUGACCUGAACCGGCUGCGCCACCUGUCCCCGCAGGACCGCAUCGCGGCGCUGCGCGAGAUGCGAGCGCCACGCAAUGGCAGCGGCGAGGCGGCGGCCGAAGGCGAAGAAAGUGGACGCGCUGCCCGCUUGGCUGCAAGGCUGCGCGACAAGUUCCGCAUCCGGACCAGGGCGCAGACAUGA